GGCGAGUAUGAGGCGAGAUUGGCUGAAUGGAGGAUGUGCGGCGCGCGUGCGCGGAUCGCAGGUCGAUAGUGGUGACGUCAGAGGAAGACAGGCCUCAGUCAGCCGCUGCCGGCCACAGCGUUAUCAUGUGGUUACAAUGCUUGGCCGUGACGGUCCUUAUAGCCGCGGCUUCAUCCUCCGAGGUCUUUACCAACUCAUUCCUGGUGCGAUUCAAGCGGUCCGUGGGGCACGAGGAGGCGAGCCAGGUCGCGGCGCGCCACGGCUUCGACAGCCUCGGCCCGCUGCUGGGUUCGGACACGGACUGGCACUUCGCGCACCGGGGCCUCCCGCACGCGCGCCCGCGCCGGUCCAUCUCGCACACCAGGCUGCUGAAACAGCACCCUCUUAUCCACACAGCAGUCCAGCAGCCCGGUUUCAAGAGGGUAAAGCGCGGGUUCCGCCCCCUCCGCCUGCCGGAAACCGCGCCCGCCGACGAGCCUAGGGACCCCUACUUCCCCCUACAAUGGUACUUGAAGAACACGGGGCAGAACGGCGGCAAGCCCAAGCUGGACCUAAAUGUGGAGGCGGCCUGGGCGCUGGGGUACACGGGCGUCAAUGUCACCACCGCCAUCAUGGAUGAUGGUGUGGAUUAUAUGCACCCAGAUUUGAAAUAUAAUUACAAUGCUGAGGCGUCCUACGACUUCAGCAGUAACGACCCGUACCCUUACCCGCGGUACACGGACGAUUGGUUCAAUAGCCACGGCACGAGGUGCGCUGGUGAGGUCGCCGCGGCGCGCGACAACGGCGUCUGCGGCGUCGGCGUCGCGUACCACUCUAAAGUUGCUGGAAUCCGGAUGCUCGACCAGCCUUACAUGACGGAUCUCAUAGAGGCCAACUCGAUGGGGCACGAGCCGCACAAGAUCCACAUCUACAGCGCGUCGUGGGGCCCCACGGACGACGGACGCACCGUCGAUGGCCCGAGGAAUGCCACUAUGAGAGCCAUCGUCAGGGGAGUCAAUGAGGGUCGUAAUGGUUUGGGCAACAUCUACGUGUGGGCGAGCGGCGACGGGGGUGAGGACGACGAUUGCAACUGCGACGGCUAUGCUGCCUCCAUGUGGACCGUCUCUAUUAACAGCGCCAUCAACGACGGCCAAAACGCACACUAUGACGAGUCCUGCUCGUCAACUCUGGCUAGCACGUUCAGUAAUGGUGCAAGGGACCCAAGCACCGGUGUUGCCACCACUGACUUGUAUGGCAAGUGCACGGCGACACACUCCGGGACGUCCGCGGCGGCGCCUGAGGCCGCUGGGGUCUUUGCUCUAGCGCUUCAUGCCAACCCGAGCUUAACUUGGCGGGACAUUCAGCAUCUGACCGUGUUGACUUCAAAGAGGAAUUCGCUUUACGAUGCAAAGGGCCGCUUCCACUGGACGAUGAAUGGGGUCGGGCUGGAGUUCAACCAUCUCUUCGGGUUCGGCGUUUUAGACGCCGGGGCUAUGACGGCGUUGGCUGCCAACUGGCGCUCUGUGCCGCCACGGUACCACUGUGAGGCAGGCUCCGUCAACACCCACACUAAAAUCCCGUCAGAGGGCAGCAUCUUCCUCCGCAUCGAGACUACGGCGUGCGGUGGCUCGCCCAGCGAAGUCCGCUAUCUGGAGCACGUUCAGGCCGUGGUCAGCGCCAACUCCACGCGCCGCGGAGAUCUAGAGCUGUUCCUCACCAGCCCCAUGGGCACCAAGUCGAUGAUACUGAGUAGGCGAGCCAACGAUGAUGACAGCAGGGACGGCUUCGCCAAGUGGCCGUUCAUGACCACGCACACCUGGGGCGAGUACCCGCAGGGCACGUGGACUUUAGAGGCUCGCUUCAAUGGCGGCUCAAGCCCGUCGCAAGCGUCCGGCUGGCUGCGCGGCUGGUCGCUGGUGCUGCACGGCACGCGCGCGCCGCCGUACGCGCAGCUGCAGCCGCAGGACCCGCACUCCAAGCUCGCCGUCGUCAAGAAGGCGCACGAGGACGCUCAGCAUUAGACAGAUCUAGACCGCCGUAGCCGAAGGGAAGAUCACGCCUGGCCGAGUGACAAUCGUUCGCAGGAAAUGCCAAAUUAAAACUUAAAUACAAUUAAUUAUUACCUCACUUUUCGUAGCUGUUAACUAGAUACAGCUUUACUUUUAGAUUGGCGUUAUCUAUAUACGAUUGUCUUCUUGGUUGUGGCUCCAUUUAUGCUCGGGUUUAACGUUAUCAAAGGAUUAGGAUGUGUAAAGAUGAAGAAUAUGAAGCUGUAUUGUCAAACGUCUAGUUUUGGCAACUAAAUUGACCGCACGAAUGUACGAACACUGUCAAUAAGAAUCGAAUGGAUUUGUCGACUUUAAACAUCUAAUACAAUGAGUACUAACCGUCCGCACCGUACAAUUGACAGAUUUUGACAUGCCAAAAUGUAAACCC